CGGGCGUAUUAGUUACACGAUCGCAUAAACGGUGGAAAGCUGCCCUGGGACGCUAUUUACAAAAACCGUUCCUGGGCCAGUUUCUGAGUGGCGCCCGUACCGUACCGCGUAUAGCGUGGGUAAAGCGAUAAAUAUUAUAACCGUGCGCGUGCUUUUCUUCUGCAACGCAACGAAGAGAAAGUUUGUCCGGACGCUGCGAAGGAAGCGCGCUGCGUUGUUGUUUUCCUUCACUGCCUAUAACGAUAGCAGGGUUUUGUGUGUGCUUUUUCUUCCUAUUGUAAUCUUCGUCCGGAAAAGAAUAAAAAAGUGAUUCGGAAGCGUUGAAAGUAUCCAGUAUCGCUGGCGCACAUACACACACGCGCGCAUAUUUAUAUACGUCUAUCAGCAAUGUCGUGGAAAGCGCGUAAUGUGGAAAGGAUUUUCCCUUUCCAGAGGUGUUUGUGGAUUGGCAGCCUGUUGCUGCUGGGAACCGUCCGUGGGCCGACACUGGCUGAAGGGAAAGCAACGGUGGAGCAGAUGAUGAAAUCGGGUGAAAUGAUACGGUCCGUUUGCUUGGGAAAGACGAAAGUUUCCGAAGAGCUGGCGAACGGAUUGCGCGAGUCGAAGUUCGCGGACGUUAAGGAGCUUAAGUGUUACGUGAACUGCGUGAUGGAAAUGAUGCAAACGAUGAAGAAAGGAAAGCUUAACUAUGACGCAUCGGUGAAACAGAUCGACACAAUCAUGCCGGACGAACUGGCGGGACCGAUGCGGGCGGCGCUCGACAUCUGCCGAAAUGUGGCCGACGGUAUCAAGAACAACUGCGAUGCAGCAUACGCCAUGCUUCAGUGCCUUUCGAAAAACAAUCCUAAAUUUAUUUUCCCCUAGUAUUGUGCUGGCUGGGUUGGUUUUUAGUGGAUGGUGUAAAGUUUAUUUAAGUUGCAAUUGUUAACAGCUUGGCGUCCUGUACAUAUGUUGGUGUCCUUAUUGUUUUUAAAUAAAUAGUUUACAAGCAGAAA